AUGAAGCGAUCGGAACGAGAUGUCAAGAAGACCGCACAGGAAAGCAGCUCGCCGGGUGAGCUCGACCGCCAGGGAAAGACGCCCGAGCCACGCGCAGCACCCUCGACGGCAAUGGCUGGUCGUCGCCUCGUCGAAGGCCCAACUCGACCCGAACACUCGUCCGAUGAUGCAGACAGUUCGCCGCCCACGUCAGUCGAGGCUGCUUGGGCAGCGAGUUCCAUCAGUCGUGCCGACAAACCGAGCAGUCGUGGCCGCGCGCGGUGCCGGUUCACGUCCAGCUCAACGUCGCCGCCAUCUUUAACAAAAGGUGCCUCCAUCGCGAGAGAGAAGUCUUCCGCGUGGUCUGGCAUCCCGAAGCGGCGUACGUCGCGGGAGAGAGGGCGUCAUUUUCUCGAUGCAACGACAAGGGAGGCCGUUGUACCGACGGCUGCUGGGGGCCACGGACACCAUCCUGAGGGCGGCCAUGAUGAAUCACGAUCCCGUACUUCGCCGAACGACCUUGAAGCACACGGAAAGCUACCACGGGUGUCCGAGAAGCACAGAAAGUGCCGAGGUUUGCACCGAGUGCCACAGUCCCAGCGUCUAGCACGAGAGAGAGUUUCUGUGGCCACGCAGCUUGAGCAGCAACCAAUACUCGCAGGGUAUUCGCAGACGCAAGCAUCGCUGCUCGCCGCGGUACCCGUAGGUGUCACCGGCAAAUCGUCACCGCAGCAGGAUGAGCCAUCUCGGACACGACAUCGCCCUUCAGUGACCCCGUCCCUAGCGAGACAACCUCGCGACACCAAGCAUUGGGCUCCUUCCUCACCCAGGGCGUUGUCGUUACCGACCACGUCGCGAGGCGAGCGCAAACUCGACGCGGUCAGCGCGAUGGGAGACGUGACGUGCUACGCGGCGUGGAAGACUCAGGUCGAAGGGUCCACCACGACUGCAAGUAGCAGUGGAGAAAGGAGCCGUAGCCGCCAAGAAAUCUCAUCGGAAGGCGCCCUCGCGAGAGGUACGGCGGGCAAGCCCAGUGCGCAGGCUACCUCGAGAGUACUUCCGAGCAGUUCGUCGACGGGAGGCAUCCGAAGCCUCCGCAGCUCGAGACCAUGGAGCGAAGACGCGGAACGAUCGACGGCCUCAAUCACAAGCGGUUUGGAGGACCGGCGCCGUGUUCCCUCCAACUUGGGUGUUGGGCGACAGCUGGAGGUCUUUGUGGACAUCACGAAGAGGCAUCACGCCACAAUGGCGGAACCAGCUUUGGCAACGGCAAGCCGCACCGGCAGCUCGCAAUCUUUCGUGGAGCACAUCUUUGCCGCGGUGAAGAUUCGUCCCGGCAAGGCGCCCUCUCUGGCAGGGCCGCCUAAGCCAAGCGACGAUUCUCAACUCGCCGAGAAAGGAGAGGAAUACACUGACGAGGGAUACCCGGUGGAUCUGGAACGCUUCAUGCCUCAGUCCAAGGAAGCCCUCGCGUACACCGAAUUGCUCGGCUACCCCAAACGUCGUCCGAAGGCAGCUCCGAAACCCGCUUUAAAGAAGGCUGACUCAGAACCAAAAGUGGACCUUGAACGCUUCAUGCCUCAGUCCAAGGAAGCACUCGCUUAUACCGAACUGCUCGAGUACCCCAAACGUCGUCCGAAGGCAGUUGCGAAACCUGUUGCGGAGGAGGUGGACCCGGAACCAAAAGUGGACCUUGAAGGCUUUCUACCCCGGUCAAAGGAAGCUCUUUCUUACACCGAACUACUCAUGUAUCCCAAACAUACUACGAGUAAAAUACGCUGGUCGACGCAGGGAAUCGGAGGAGUCCCACCGGCAACCAAGAAAUUCUCCUGGACUCUUCCAAGGAGAGACCCAGGACGGCCUACAUCCCGUCGCACUAGCUUGGCGCAACCCAUGGGACCAGCAAAACGAGAGACUACUCCGCCUCCACAGCCGAAACCUGCUGGCGUCGCCGUCCGCCCGCUUCGGGGAAACGUCCGCGACACCACUCCAGGCGCCGUUACCAAGCAAUCCAGCAAGGAAUCGCUGCAAAGACGACCGUCAGUGGCUCGAAGUGGAACGACAACGCCGAAAGCGGGGGUUGCAGCCCGCAAGCCGUCAAAAGAACGGGUAGCUCCCAGCAAGCCGGUGGUCCCUCUUCCUCCUCCUACUCCAGGAGGAAAGAGAGUAGUUGCUAUUCGGCCAUUUGUGGCUAGUUUCCAUACAGUCGAUGAGCUACAUGAAGGUGGUGAAGACACAGGUGCCACGUGUGGCCGGCCAGCCAGUCCUGCAAUUACGCUCUCGAUGCCGCAGGCGCCCAUGGACAGCCAUGAAGCCAAAGGGCGUAUUUUAGCUCGGCCUUUUUACAUGGCAACUCAUGACCAGUUAGGUGACGAGCAGCCUGCCCAGAAGCCACCAGAUCAACUGCCAGAGAAGCCGCCAGAAAAGCCACCAGAGCAGCCACCAGAAAAGCCGCCCGGGAAACCGCCAGAAAAGCUUCCCGAAAAGCCGCCAGAGAAACCCCCAGUGCCAGUAGCCGCUCCCGACAGUCGCCCGCAGCAUCGACGCUUACCGAAAGGACUGCGGCCACUCAAGGCGUGUGCGCGUGACCCCGCGCUCAUCGCCGACAGUGUCAUGGCGCGAGCCAAGCCCUUGAUUGUCGAAAAAAAAGUUGCCGCAUCCACGGCCAAGGCCGCCGCGGGUGCUCCUGCCACAAGGCCCUUUGCCGUUGCCGUCCAAGGCACGUCGGACCGACCAAGCCGUCGGCGAGUCUCUGCUACUACGGCUCUGGCCGCGCCCCGCGUUUCCGUCGGUGCUCCGUCCGUGCCUAUUCCACCAGCGCCUCCAGGCAUGCGCAUAAUCACAAUGUCAACCGAGCACAAAGACUUCCGCGAGGCGAUGCUUUGGGACUACAGCCCGGCGCCGCCGCCGAAGACGCCGCAGCUCCACUCCAAGCGUGCCUCGAUUGCCCAAUCACGGCCAGGAGCUGCACCUGCCGAGACUUCGAAAGAAGGAGCAGGCGUCCCAUCAAAGGUAUUACCGAAAGAAACUGCGACAGCAGUCGUUAAAUCGGCAGGUGCCAAACAGGACCACGAGAAAUCCCAUACUGAAGUUCCAACCCCUAAGCAUUCCACGGCAGCUCCGACAGGGAAAUCCCUACCUGUACCACCAAAGGUUGAUUCACUCAAGAAGAUAGGUCCUCCGCCAGAACCAGCCAGUCUCUAG